GGGCCGGGACCACCUUGCGCGCCCGCGCUCGCUCGCGGGGUGAUAAAUGCUCGCUUCAGGCGCUCCCCAAGUUCCCAGCUGCGAAGUUUGCGCCUCCAGCAGCUGCGGGCGGGCGAGGCGAGCUUGGCAAACUUCUGGGGCCGGGGAGUUUUUCUUUUUUGCUCCCCUCAUCCCAGCCCCCCUCCGCGGCCUGCCGGGGAGCCCUGGGGCCCGGCUGCUGCUCCUGCCCCAGCCCCGAAGCCAGCCCCGCCGCAGACAGGCCGGCCAAGAAGAUGUGGAAGGUCCCCGCGCUGCUCUGCGUUUUGGGGAGCGCCUGGCUCUGGCUCCCGGCAGAAGGAGCCAUCACUGUGCGGCCAGAGGAUGACGUUUUAACUCCAAGUAUAGAAGAUGGCUUGGUGACCCCAGGUAUGGAAGAUAACAUUCUGACACCCAGUACUGUUGAAGAGCCUUAUGAGUCUACUAGCGCCACAGGUCUGGUGUCAACAGGGGCAGAGAGUGUAACAGACGUGCACAUUGAGGACCUGCCAACUGCAGAAAGCACUGCCCCUGACCAGGACAAGAGCCCGAGCACCAGCUCCCCAAGCGUGACCACUAGUCACUCCAUGGAGGGAGUGAGUAAAGAGACAGAGGUCACAAUUGAGAAAGAUGGCUUGGCGACAGUGACCCUGGUUGGAAUCAUAGUUGGGGUCUUACUCUCCAUUGGCUUCGUUGGCGGAAUCAUCCUUGUGGUCGUGAGGAAAAUGUCGGGAAGGUACUCGCCCUAAAGAGUUGAAGAAUCGUGCCCUUCUGCCAACAUGUUUUUGAAAAAGAGAGUUUUCCACCCCCCCACCCCCGAGUGUGUGGAAGAAGGUGACCCGUGGAAACGCCUGGCCACCGCAUUCCAAAUCCAUAGUGAUUCCUCCGUCUGCCGGAAGUGACCGAAGGAAAACUAGUUCACAAGACUUGCUCCUCUGUGCAUGUGUUUUAUGAAAAGUUUUUUAAAUACAAAUUUUGUAAAAGGUGACUUAAAAGACAACAUGCAUAGAAAGUGGAGCAAACUAUAGAAACUGACUUCUAGCUGAGAUAGACAGUGCAGUGUUAGAAGCCAUAAUCCUGCCUUCAUUCUGACUCUCUGUGACUUUAAAACGCAAAGGAAUCUGGAAAUAAUGACACCCAUGGAGUCCUGGGAUCUAGUGCUUUGCCAAUAUGUGGGGUGAAUAUUUUGCAGUUUCAGAUCUGUUGAAAUGUACACAUUCCUGUGUCCUUUGGUCUAUUUUAAAAGCCUAAUAGGGUGUGAAUAGUCAAGUAGUGUCUCAACUUGGCUAAUAUGUAAUGAGCCCUUGCCUUUGGCUGGCCCAGAUAAAUAAUCUCAAAAGCAUCCAUCUUAGACAUAAACAGGAGGUGUCUACUUCGGAGAAGACACUUGGUUUCUUACAACAGGGCCUAGGUGGCUUCACUGCCUGCUCCCCGGAUGCCUUGCUGACUUGGGGGUUUGCUCCCACCUGCCCUUCCACACCCUCCACAUCAUGGGGAGCCAAGGGGGUGGCCUUCCCUCUCUCCUAGGAGGCAAGUCCUUCCAAUUCGCUGCUUUGUUCUGGAAUGUGGAAAUCUCAUCCCGGGUGCCUUGGAGGCCGCUGGAGGUUCAGCAGUGCCAGAGGCUCAGGUGUUCCAGAAACCCAGAACCGCAGUGUCCCACACAGAGACCCCAUGUGCCUCUGGGCAGGGGGACAGAACUUAUACUUUCUGCCACAGAGGAAGGACAAGGGAUGUAAAAAUAAUUUGAUAAAAUGCAAAUUUUAUAAAAAUAGCUGGAUUUAAAGACUUGGUUUGAAAAUGCAAAGUAUUCCCAGUCUAAAGGCUAAACCCUAUACAUAUUUCUGUGGAGUCAUAACUAAAAAGAUGAAAAUAAAGGAGACCACGUGCCUCUCUGUAUUGGCGCCAUCCGGCUCAGUGUACAUUUCUUCCCGUAGCUUAGUCUUUAUCCUAAGCAAAAAAAGACUUAGGAAAAAGACUUUUUUUCCUUAAAAAAAAAGAGCAAACCCUAAAACUGAGCAGAUACUCUGUCCUGGUGAGGCUUUGCAUUCUGCCAGCCUUCCACUCUAUGAGCUCAUAGAACAGGAGGAACUAAACACCAGACAGAAAGCACAGACCAUUCCUCGGCCUGGAUGUUACUUUAAACAGCGCCGUCUUGUGCUGUUCACGCCCAUCGGCCCAGGUUCCUUGUUUGAAUGUCACUGGUUGAGACAGGGGGUUAGAAUUGCUGUAGGAGCUUAAAUAUCCUCGUGUUUCCUCCCUGGGAUUCCUGAGCAGGAGUUAGGAAGAACACGCAAUGUCUGUCUUCCUCCGUCUGCCUUCCUCUCCCUGUGGAAGCAGCCAUCACCCCCAAUCAUGCACCGACCCCCGCCUGCUGGGACAGGAGUGUGGGUUUCUGGUCUGGUCUGUGUUGAUGCUCAAUGCAGAGUGGACAUGUUUUAAAAUAAAACAGAUGAUUGCGUUAACAGUGAGUCAGCUGUGUUGGA